UGACUGAUAAACUUUUCAAGUGUUUUAAAAAUUAUUUAAGGAUUGUUCAGAACAAAAUCAGCACCUGUUUGUCUAAUUUAGCUACAAAGUAGUUGUUUCAUUAAAUACUUGAAUUCAUUCAUGUCUACUUAAAGAUGCAUUUCCAACUAAUAUUAUUUAAUGUACUCCUAUUAUUCGUGGGACUGUACAGUUUUCCAUCAAAAAACUAUGAUCCUGUAUCAGAAGCAAUAUGUGGAUAUGAGUCUUGUCAUCCAGUCAAAGACGGUUUUAUAAACGUUCACAUUGUUCCUCACACUCACGACGAUGUUGGUUGGCUAAAAACAGUUGAUCAGUAUUAUUAUGGAAGCAACUCUAAUACACAAAAAGCUGGUGUGCAAUAUAUUAUAGAAACUGUAAUGGACUCAUUGAAGAGAAACAAAGAUAGAAGGUUUAUCUACGUGGAAACUGCAUUUUUCUGGAAAUGGUGGAUCAAGCAAAGCGAGAGUAUGCAGGAAGAAGUCAAAAAUUACGUCAACCAUGGUUGUCUAGAGUUUAUCGGUGGUGGAUGGAGUAUGAACGACGAAGCUGCUACUCACUACCACUCAAUCAUAGACCAAAUGGCGUGGGGAUUAAGAAAACUUAAUGACACUUUUGGAGCCUGUGGAAGGCCUAAAAUUGGUUGGCAGAUUGAUCCAUUUGGUCACAGCAAAGAAAUGGCCAAUAUUUUCGCUCAACUAGGUUUCGACGGGUUCCUCCUAGGAAGAAUCGACUACCAAGACAAAGCUUUCCGAUGGAAAACUAAAUCACCCGAAUUUGUAUGGAGAGGCAGCAAAAGUUUAGGAGAGUCUUCUGAUAUUUUCACUGGUGUUUUAUACAACAGAUACAGUCCUCCUCCAGGCUUUUGUUUCGAUUUAUUGUGUUCUGACUUGCCUUUUAUUGAUGAUCCAGACAGUUUUGAAUAUAAUGUUGAUGACAGGGUGAAUGACUUCAUCAAAUACGUAGAUGGGGCAACUCAAAUUUAUAACACUAGUAACAUUCUGAUUACUAUGGGUGAUGAUUUUAAUUAUCAAGAUGCAGAAGCCUGGUUUAUAAACUUGGAUAAACUGAUAUAUUAUGUAAAUAAACGUCAAGAAAACGGAUCUCUGUAUAACUUAAUAUAUUCAACUCCGUCCUGCUACGUCAAAGCCAUCAACGACGAAACCAAGGACAGAACCUGGCUGUUGAAGCAAGACGACUUCUUCCCUUACGCCUCUGACGAACACUCUUACUGGACCGGCUACUUCAUCUCCAGACCAGCAAUAAAACGUUACGAAAGAAUAGGAAACAAUUUCUUGCAAGUAUGUAAACAACUAUAUUCGUUGGCUGGUUUAGGAGCGGAUGAUAAUAAAAGCUUAGAUAACUUGAGAGAAGUGAUGGGCAUUAUGCAACAUCACGAUGCCGUUGCUGGCACAGAAAAACAGCAUGUGGCAAAUGAUUAUUCAAGACAGUUGGAAAGGGCUAUCAGUGGAUGCGAAGAAAUAACUUAUUCAGCACUAAAUAAACUAAUCCAACCCACUGAAGACCAAGAAACCUUUCUACCAUUGACCACAUGUCCAUUAGCUAACAUAAGUCAAUGCGCAGUAACUGAAAACUCUGACAAUUUUGUCGUUACUGUUUACAAUCCCCUAAGCAGAUCUGUAGACAAACUCGUAAAUUUACCAGUCAGAGGAAACGCUUACAGUAUUGUCGACAAAGAAGGGAAUUCGUAUGACUAUGAACUGUUAGAAGUUGCUGAUUUUGUAAAGAAUAUUCCUGGAAGAGAUAGCAAUGCCACAAACGAUCUGUAUUUCGUUGCAAGUAACAUUCCGCCAUUAGGAUGGAAAUCGUUCAUAGUAACUUUAGAUAAUUCGUCCGACUCGAGAAUUGUAGCAUCCAAAAUCCGCACUGGUGCAUCUACCAUUCACGCAACUAAUGGCUCUUUCUCUGUCGAUGCGGAUUCAGGCCUUAUCACGAAACUAAUUUUAAACAACGUAACACUUUACCUCAGCCAAAAUUUCUAUUACUAUAGCGGCUUUGUUGGCAACAACGGUAAGUCGGAAAACAGAUCAUCUGGAGCCUACGUCUUCAGGCCUGACGGUAACAUUACGACAGUUUCGGAAAACGCUUCUGUUGUCUUCUACCAAGGGGCUCUGGUUUCCGAGGCUAGACAAAUAUUUAACGAGUAUGUGAGCCAGAUAAUUAGAAUCAACAAAGUGGAAAACUAUAUUGAAUUUGAUUGGGUUAUUGGACCGAUACCCACCAAUGGAACAAAUGGAAUUGAAGUUGUAUCAAGAUACAGCACCAGUAUACCUACCAAUGGAACAUUCUAUACAGAUUCCAAUGGUAAAGAGAUGUUGAAGCGCGUUAGAGAUUUUAGACCUACUUGGCAAUUAAACAAUUCAGAAUUUGCUUCGGGAAAUUACUAUCCGAUUACGUCAAAAAUUUCUAUCAGAGAUGAGGACCAGGGGAUCGAACUUGCUGUUUUAACUGACAGAGCACAAGGAGGAAGUAGUUUAAAUAAUGGAGAAAUUGAAAUAAUGAUUCAUAGAAACUGUUUGCAUGAUGACUCAUUUGGAGUUGGAGAAGCUUUAAAUGAAACUGCGUUUGAUGCUGGUUUAGUAAUUAGAGGUUCACACUUUGUAACAGUGGGAUAUAUAAAUAACGAAAAUGGCGAUUCAGUUUCUGCAAUAGAAAAAGAUAUUGCACAAAGAAGAUUACUUGACACCUGGACAUUUGUUACACCACUGGAAGGCAGUUCUGACGAUUACAAAUCUAAAUAUGUUAUGGAGUAUUCUGGGUUAACCAGUGGACUGCCUAAAAACGUUCAAAUACUCACUUUGGAACCAUGGAGAGAUUCAACGUUUCUUCUCAGAAUUGAGCAUGUCUUUGAUAAUGACGAAGACGUUGCUUUAUCACAGCCAGUUCUUGUAAAACUUAAGGAUCUCUUUACUGGAUUCCAAAUAGUGUCGUUAGAAGAAACCACUUUGGGUGGAAACCAAUGGUUGAAAGACAGUAAUCGUCUAAAAUUCAAUACCAACAGUACUUUGGAAGAAUUGCUUAUUAAACAUGACAGUACUAAUUCCAAAUAUGCAGGUGUAGUUAAAAACGCCUGGAUUGACGAGAGAAGCGAUAAUACAAAGGCAACUAUCAAAGAUGAUAUAAAUAAUCUAGAAAUAACAUUAAAUCCCAGCGACAUUCGUACCUUUAUUAUGGAAAUUACAAGACCAUGAUAUUAUUAUGUGAAAAAUAGUAAAAGUAAAUAAAAACUGAAAUAAACGACAUAUUAUGUAAUAGU